UGAGGCUAUUAUUACAGCUAGUAGGGUUGAACUAAAUCUAAAUAAGUCUAAUCUUACUUGAGCUGUGAUAUGGAGGUUCUUAGCCUUUUAUAAAAGUAGCUAAGCGGACUUUCUGUAAUAUGUGCUGUUGACGGUUACUUAAGAGCAUCAUCAGCUAAGAAGGUUAUCUAGCAGAAACGUUAGCUAGCUCCGUCGAUAGCUUGCAUUCUACAUUUUAUCAAGUGGGGCUGGCUCGGUCACUAGCUAGCUUCUUAACGCCGGAUAGCUAACCAGUACAUAAAGUAUCCGCUUAGUUUAAUUACAUCAGAUUUCUUUCCUGAGAUAAUGGAUAACUUUAUCACAUAAUUGUUCAGUAUAAAUUGCUAGUCAGGCAAGGCUAGUUUGCUAGCUCAGUUGGUAGGCCAUCGAGUGUCAGGAAACAAGCUAAAAAAGCCGAUAACGUCAACUAGCCCGGUCCUCCAGUCUGGUCAGAAUAAAUACAAAGGAAAUUCUUCGAGAUUGAUGCCUUCAGUGUCAUCACAUGUUGACUGAAAACAGGAAGCGGCAGCGUGGUGGCCAUGAUGAGGAGAGCGGCCACCUGGUGCCCCAAGCCAAAAGGCAGAACAGAGCUCAUCCUCUCUCUCCUGAGCCAGGACGGGAUGCCUGGGACUCUGAGUCAUCCAACAGUGAGAGCAGCAGCAGCAUCAGCAGUCCAGAACAUGCGGCUGGGAGCUGCGGCAGUCGAUGUGCUGUGGGGCCCUGCAGUCCGCCCAGCUCAGCCGACUACUCCGAACUGGCCGGCCCUACAAACCUGGUGACCUACCUGCAGAUCAACCGCAUCCUGAAGGAAGCCCACUUCCAGAGUCUGCAUAGCCGAGGUCAGCUCACAGACACACGAUGACCUAAUCUCCCUCUGUCGGCCACCAGUCCCUGAAGCUCGUCAGAGCAUUACACGCUGAAUCACUUCACUCAGCUCUUCCUCACUCAUCUCCAGUUACUGUGAUAUCUCACAGCUCUGUUCUCUACAUAUCUGUGGAUGGAGACCAGUUCCUGGUCGUGUAUCUGGAGGGGGUUCAUCAUUCAAAUAAAUCAAAGUGAUAAUCAUUUUAGCAAUAAUACCUGUGUGAUCAACUCAAAACAUUUUUUUGUGAUCAACCUGUUUUUUAUCCAGUCUGGUUUACAUGCUGCUCGAAGAGCCUUUAUAGUGACUGAUUGGUAAUAAUGAUGAAUCCCUGUGUUUUGUUUCAAAUGUUGUAUGAAAAUAGUACUACUGGAGCUGCAAAAAUGGCACCAAACACAAUUUUAGGCCGGUCAGAUGUGACUCGUUUAGUCUGCUAGUAGGUUACUUGGGUUGUAUCAUGCUGAAUCUGAUGUCUGUGUAGGUACAUGGACCAGUCUCAGGGAGGAUUUGCACUUGUCGAGGAUAAUGGCUCACUUGCUUUUAUAUUCAGACAGGGAUUCCUUUACGGGAGGUUGUAGAAGCCACAGGUGUUACAUUUUCUGUCCUGCCUCUGUUGUUUGUUUGUAGAAUGUCCCCAAAUCCAGAUUUCAAUUAGUGUAAAAGUGAAACCAUGGAAGAAGUCAUUUGGUUUUGGUGCAGAGGAGGAAUUUUAAGGUUUUUUAACACUGCAAAAAUGCAACUUUGAACACAAUUUCUCAUGAACUACUGCACUUAUUUAAACAAUUUGGCACAUCCCUCAUUCAAACAUCAGCACAGUGAGAUGCUGAUCUAGUUCCAAAUAUUUUCUGAACAUAUUAUUAUUAUUAUUAUUAUUAUUAUUAUUAUUAAGAUAUUGUGCAGCCUUUUCAAUGGUACACACAUUUUUUAUGCUUUAUUUUCUCUGAUUGUGGAGUAAGUAUUUCAUGAUGUUGAUAAAAAUAAUCUCUCGUUUUCCUGUGAUCACAGCAUCAAUUAUUUUAUUGUUUUUAUUUCCAUAAUAACCAUGUAGAUUGGGAUAUCGUGAUCAUCUAUAAUCAGUAAGGUUGCCAAAUAUAGCAGGUCAUAUUUGAUAUCAUAAGUUGACACCAUGUGUUAUGUGUUAAGCUAAUGCAACUACACUACUGCUAAUAUCGCUGUAAUAUUCCCCUACAGGGAGUGAUGGUGCACCUGUGGCAGUAAGCUACAAUGUAAUGACCUUGGACGUAAGCAAUAUCACGGGUGGAUUGCCUCAUGUAUUUGGAUUAUAGAUGAUUACUACAUCUUGCACACUUUUUCUAAUAAUCGUGUGAAAGAUCAGAAUUUCCCCCCCCCCAAAGUUGAUCAUGAGAGAACAAAGAUUAAUAUGUUGAGAUCAUGAAAUAAUUUCAUCAUGAGAGCAGGUCAGCCAUUUAAAAAUGUUCUUAUGAUGACAAAGAGAAAACAAAACAGUAGAUAUAACCAUAGUCUCUACAACCUUCCAUACUUCUUAGACUUUCUCUUUUUUGGUUUUGGUUUUGUUUGUUUUUUGCUAUGGAGGGCUGUUUGAAGUAGCAUUUAAGCACAUAGGGAAAUGUAAUUAUUUCUGUCCAGAGAGGGUUACAGUCUUAAGGAACAAAAAUACAUUCCCCUGGCUUGGUUUGUAAUAUUACUAGAGCCACUAAAAUGCUGUUAUUGCAGACCGGCCUCUCUGCCUGUGCACUACUAUCGAUGGUUUCUGUACAAGUGUCCCUGUGCACUGAACAUCCAGGUACAAGCACUGACCGUGAGGUUGUGCAUCUCUCCUUUUUCUUAAAGUGGGAUUGGUUUCACUGCUGAACCCGUAACCCAGGAGAAAGCUCAGCUUUUAUUUUCCUUCUUCUUUUCUUUUUUUCCAGAAUGGUGUGUCAGAAAUGAAAGCAUUUUGAAGAUGUGGUUUAUUUUUUUCAAUUAUAUAUUUUUUGUAUUUAGUAAUGUACAUGACAUUAACAUGCCAUUGAUCUUUUUUGUUCUUGUAAAU